AUGCUCAUCGGAGUAAGGACAGAAAAAAAGACCUUACUGGAAAAGUUAUUUAAAGACUAUCAGAAGUCUCAGAGACCCGUUUCAAGUGAUGACGAUAUUUUAUACGUAGAUGUAUCACUCGAAGUAAAGAACAUUAUUGAAUUUGAUGUUGUAAAAGGUUUACUGACAAGUAAUCUGAUACUUGGAUUAUCGUGGAAUGAUGUUAAUCUUCAUUGGAAUGAAGCAAGAGAAAACGUAAGUUAUAUUAAAACUGAAUUAAAGCAUGUGUGGUACCCUAACGUACAAAUAUGUAAUAGCGCUUCAGGAAAAUUCACAUUUGAUGAAGAUACAGGAGUCACGCUAACAAGUAAUGGAAAUACUUCUCUCUAUAUAGACAGAAUUGUCAAUACUUACUGCAAGGUUAACAUUAAUAAAUAUCCUUUUGAUGAGCACGAAUGUGAUAUAUCUGUUUGUUUUCGACACCAGAUUAACACGGAAGAAACUUUAAAUAAUUUCGUGUACAACGUGACAUAUAAUCCAACAUAUAAUCAAUGGGAGUAUACAUUUAAAGAAAAAGAUAUUUUAAAAGAGGGCAUCAUAACAGCCGGUGUUAUAGUCCACAGCAAAAGAAAAAUUUCUAGUGCGACAAUAACCAGCAUUAUACCCCCAAUUAUGUUAACAUUAUUAAUCAUAUCUGUCUAUCUAUUACCAGCUGAAUCUGGAGAGAAAGUUUCUGUUGCAAUUACUGUUUUUCUCGCAAAUAUUGUUUUUCUUUCUGAAACUGAGAAAAAACUGGGAAACAAUUCUCCCUUUAUUGAUGAAUUCAAUUCUUUCUCUUCAGUCGAAACGAUUACUUUGCAAAUGAAAGGCUGGAAUUAUAUUGUGGAUGAGAUAUAUUUUCCAAUGGAAUAA